CGCAUAGCGUACAGUACGCCGCAAAUUGUUGAGCUAGAAAAGGAGUUCCGAACGAAUCGCUACUUGAGUAAGAGCAGACGAAACGAACUGGCCAAAACGCUCUCGUUGACCGAUCGACAAAUCAAAGUUUGGUUUCAGAAUCGAAGGAUGAAGGAGAAGAAACGACUGACAAAGCGUUUCGACAACCAUUCCACUUAA